CAGGUCCGAUCCGGCACGUCCUACUUCGACCCGACCCAAGUCCCACCCCAAUAGAGGUUGUCCCUGCAUCUCCCGCUACUUUCCUUUGAUCUCUCUCGCAAAACCCAUAACCAGAGCCUUCUCUCUCAUCAAGCCCUGUUAAUCUCACUGACAAAACCCCUAUAUCCUCCUCUAUCAAAGAUUCCUGUGGAGUUCGAAGACUGUGGAAGAAAACCCAAUUGAUGACAGCCCUUCAUAUCAUACAAUCUUUCAUUCACCGUUUUGUUAACAAAGGUCAACUCUCUCAGUUCCAUCUUCUGCAAUCUCUCUCUAACAUUUUUUGAUUUCUGGAUAUUAAGAGGAACUGAUUCUCAUUCUUUUUCCUUAGCCUUGUUAUUGCCGUUGUUUUCUUUCAAAUUUUCAUGCUUUUAUGGAUCAAUUCAGCAAAAGUUGGCAAGCUGUGUAUCUGAUCAUUUUGUGAUAUUUAAUAAUAAUUUCUCCAUUUUCACAUCCAUUUCUAUUGAAUUUUAAACCACCCACAAUAAAUUUUGGCAGUUGCUGUUCACUGAACUCUCGAGUCCCAAGGCAAAUAAUCAGGAAUUGAUCUUAUGGAUCUCAUGCCAAAUAAUCAGGAAGUGAUGUUAUGGGUUUGUGCAUUCUGGUUAGAGAGAGAGAAAUCAGGUCAGAGAGAGCCACUGAUUCUCGAAACCCCAAAUAAUGCAAAAGGAAAGUUAGAUUGAUAAAAUUUUGAUUUGAAUUUUGAAAUCCCAUGAGCCAUAUCUCUGUUCCAGAGCCAUAAAGCUAAAGCCCCUUUCCCUCUCUAAAGGUUAUUGCCUCCUUUUGAUCUCCAUUCCUGUAAUACUAUUUCUCUCUCUAAACUAUUUACAUGCACUCCUGGUUGAAAAUCAUUUUUUUAUAUAUAUUUGUGAGCGAAAGGUCAGACUGAUUCUCCCAAUGCUCCAUUAGAGAACUAUUUGCAGUCUGAGAGAGAGAGAGAGAGAGAGGGAGAGAGUAGGUCCUCGUUGUUCGUUGUUUACAACUCUUUAUCCAUGAAUAAAGCGGGAGGAAGGUUAGAGAGAGAAGCUGCCAAGUUAUGCAACGCGCUGAUUAGAGCAAGCCGAGAGAACACCAAUUUAUCAUGUUCAUGGCACCCUUCUCUCGAGCAAACCCUUCACACUCUUGGUUGCAGGGCCACUCUCUCUCCUUCUCUUGUUGCCCGAGUCAUCUCUCCUGGCCUCCUUCGUCACCACUCUCUUGCUCUAGGCUUCUUCAACUGGGCCUCUCAACAACCUGGGUUUUCUCAUUCCUCUGAAUCUUAUCAAUCUCUCUUCACCGCACUUUCUCUCUCUAAAAACUUUCGAACCAUUGACUCCCUCUUCAAACACCUCAAGCUCCACAGAACCAACCUCAAGCCAUCUGCUUAUUCAGCCAUUAUCUCUGCACAAUUGAUUGCUGGGAUGACCAGAGAAGCCUAUUCUACAUUUUCAGAAACUGAGCGUCUUGAUUAUCAUAUUGAUCCCAAGGUGUGUAAUUCUCUUCUUGCUGGGCUUUCCUCAGAUGGGUUUCUCAAUCUUGCUGAGAAGGUGUUUCAAAGGAUGAGAUAUCAUCGAAUGGGUUUUACAAAUUUGGGUUUUGGAGUUUUUGUAGGGAAAUUUUCCGGGUUUUCUGAUAUGGAGAAGACGUUGGGUAUAUUAGACGAGGUUCAUCCAUUGUUGCAGAACUUGUAUGGUUCUGUCGUGGCUUUUCUAAUAGUUGAUGGACUAUGUCGAGCUCACAAAGCUCAAGAUGCUUGGUGGAUACUGGAAGAGUUGAGAAUUAGAGGUCUCAAGCCUGAUUUUAUAUCAUAUAGAGUCAUUGCAGAAGCUUUUCGGAAAAUGGGUUCCUUAGGAGAAGCUGAGAAGGUACUCAAGCAAAAGAGGAAGUUGGGUGUUGCUCCAAGAGCUCAUGAAUAUGGAGAAUUCAUGCUCGAGUUGAUCCAAGAGAGGAGAAUUCAAGAAGCAAAGCAAUUGGGAGAGGCCAUUAUCAAUGGGAACUUUCCUAUUGAAGAUGAUAUUCUCAAUUCAUUGGUUUGUUCAGUUUCUUCGGUCGAUCCAAGUGCAUCCAUGUUCUUCUGCAAAUCCAUGGUUUUGACUGGUCGCUUCCCCACACUUCCCACCUUGAGCACCAUGAGUAAAAAUCUUUGCAAGCAUGGCAAAACAGAAGAAAUGUGGAAUGUUUUCCAAAUGUUGGAUUCAAGGGGCUAUUUUUCUAACACAGAGAGCUACAGCGUUAUGGUCUCCUUCUUAUGUGAGGGGGGAAGAGUGAAGGAAGCUUAUGAGGUUUUAAGACAGAUGAAGAAAAAUGGGCAUGGCCCUGAUGUGGUCCCAUACAAUUCUCUAAUGGAGGCCUUGUGCAAAGAGGAGCUCGUGAGGCCUGCAAGGAGGCUAUGGGAUGAGAUGUUUGGGGCCGGAUGUCGCCCCGAUUCGAGGACUUAUAGUAUACUUAUUAUCAAGUUUUUGGAGAUGGGGCAAGUUGAAGAGGCUCAGCUCCUUUUCGAUCACAUGGUGGUGAGGGAUGUUACACCAGACAUUGAUACAUAUAAGUCUUUGAUUAAAGGAUUAUGCCAUGAAUCGAAAAUUGAUGAAGCUUAUGAGGUGUUUUGUCGAUCGCUGAAGCAUGGUCUCGAGCUUGGUGCAUCGACUUUGAACACAUUGAUACUUUCUCUCUGUGAGGCUGGGAAUUGUAGAGUAGCUUCAAGAGUUAUCAUUAGCAUUGCCCCCUCUGACAUGGCAAGCUGUAUUUCUCAUGCUGUUUUGCUGAAAAGUUUAGUAGAAGGGGGAGAGCUGGAGAUGGCCAUUGAUCACGUUAAAUGGAUAAGAGAUCAUUACUCAUCGGCUGUGAAAUCCAUAUUUGCUGAACUUAUUGCAUGCGUUUCUUCUUCUCCAAGACCAGGGCCUAUUAUAGGGUUUCUCCGUGAAUUGCUAGGGAGGGGCCUAGUCCCUGAUAGUGGCACAUGGAGCAAUCUAUUACAGGAUCCUUCUUUGGAUGUCAGGUAGCCUACUUGGUUUCCAUUUCAUUCAAACUGGCCUUGGUUGAGCUGUUUCUUCUCACAUGUCGAUGCUGGGAGCAAAUGUCCACAUGUUUACAACCAGAAAAAACUUCGGAGCUCAUCUAAUCCUUCGAUUUGGAUAAUCAUGGUACUUUUAUGAUCCAAGCAAACAUUUAUUUGGAACAGUUUUCCUGAAUUUGCUACCUCAGCAAGUCAAAUAUCAUUGACUAAGGAGACUCUUCCUUUGGAGGUUUAACAGAUGAUAGUUGGGUUGAUUACGUGAUGGGAGCAGUAGUCGGUGUGGGAGCUUAGUUUCCUUAUAGAAAGAUCACUAUUUAUGCAAGAGUUGGGCCCAUCAAGGUAUGUGUUGUGGAGUCGGGCCCAUCAAGGUAUGUGAUGUGUGCAUUUAUGCAUAGUAUUCUUCAAAGUAAUCUUGCGGCCCUUUAAUGUACUUGCUGAUGGACCAGCCAAUAUGACAAGUAUGAGACAAUAUAUGAGCUUGCAGAUACCAAUCAUUGAGAUCAGUGAUCGUGUUUUCCAAAUUGGUUGGGUUGAAGAUGGCCCCUAACACACUAUAUGGGCAAGAGUUCUCAUAAAUAUCUGAUGGCCAGCAAUAUGCAUCAAACCUGUAUUCUUUGCAUCUGGCUGGUUAUUCCUUCUUAUGUUAAAUAUGUGAAUUAUAUCAUAUUUAAUGAAACUCGUAGCUUUUCCUUCUUCCAGACAUGGAAACUGUUAUGAGUUCAUAUGUUAUUAACAACAAAGUUCAUUUAUUUAUCAUGUUGUUGUGUGGUUAUGGUCUUCAAUGUACUGAAAGAUAACUGAAUGCAAGAGAUAGUAGCGGGCAGUAAGGAUAAUUUUUCUUAGGUCCGAACUCUAGUGGAGAUGAUUUGCUACCUUUAGUGUGCUUUAUCUUUCCACUUAUUGUUUUUGUAUGGAGAUUGAGAUAUAGGAUUUCUAUGUGAAGCAUAUAUAUUGCACAUGUAAAUUGAUACUGAUUAAAUUGU